ACAGCCGUUCAUGAGAGUUUAAAUCCUGGGGAAUAUUCCCAUCUUCUCACAGCUGAAGAAGAAGCAAGCAGGAGGAAUUACUCCAGGGGAAACUACUGACAUACUUUUGGAAAGAUGGAGUUUGAGGAAGAACCCUGCAGAAUGAGAGAUGAAGAUCCAGAGGAACAAACAGACACAGAGAAAGUAAAUACGGACAAGCAACUUCAGUUUCAAAAACCUUAUGUUGCAAAUAAAGAUGGAAACGAUAUAAUUUCACAGACUGAACAGAAUUUCGCACCGGGAAAAAAAACUGUAAAAACCGAAGUCAAAGGAUCUUUCACCUGCACAGAGUGUGGAAAGAAUUUCACUACUAAAGGAAACCUUAAUGUGCACAUAAAAACUCACACUGGAGAAAAAAAGUUCUCAUGCACUCUAUGCGGAAAGACUUUUGUACACCAAUCCACACUCAAAAUACACAUGAGAAUUCACACUGGAGAGAGGCCUUACACAUGCAUUCAGUGUGGAAACCGUUUCAUUGUUAAAGGUCACCUUAAUGAUCACAUGAGACUUCACACUGGAGAAAAACCUUUUGCAUGUACUCAAUGUGGGAAGAGUUUCAGGUGCAAAUACCACCUCAAAAAUCAUCUUCUCUCUCAUGCCGGAGUGAAAUCAUUCAGCUGUGAUCAGUGUGAUAAAACAUUUGUUGUGGCAUCAAGCUUAAGAAGACAUCUUAAAGUUCAUGCUGUUGUGAAACCUCACAUUUGCUCUUUUUGUGAAAAGACUUUUUCACGACCAUAUGCUUUAAAAGGACAUGAAAGUAUUCAUACUUGUCUGAAACCUUAUAUGUGCAUUGACUGUGGAAAGACCUUUGCUACACUGAGCAUCUUAAAAACGCAUGAGAUUAUUCAUACUGGAGAGAGACCUUACAAGUGCUCACUCUGUGGAAAGAGUUUCACUCGCUCUGUAUACUUGAAAAAUCAUGAGCAAGUUCAUACUGGAGAAAAGCCAUACCAGUGCUCUGCAUGUGGGAAGAGCUUCACCAAGGCGUGUAAUCUACAGCGGCAUCAGAAAAAACAUUGCACAAAAGGUAUCCAAGUGAUCAAUGGAUAA